CGCAGUCGGCUGCCGUCUCUCGCUCCCCAUCGCAGCAACCCUCCGCCGGCGCGGAGCAGCCCCCCCGCCCAUACCCGGGCUCCCCGCCACCCGGCUCCGCGCAGACAUGGCCAGCGGGGGACUGCAACUCCUGGGCUUCGUGCUUGCCUUCCUGGGCUGGAUCGGCAUCAUCAGCAGCACCGCCAUGCCUCAGUGGAAAAUGGCAUCCUACGCGGGGGACAACAUCGUCACGGCCCAGGCGCUCUACGAGGGGCUGUGGAUGACGUGUGCCAUGCAGAGCACGGGGCAGAUCCAGUGCAAGGUGUACGACUCGCUGCUCAACCUGAAAAGCAACCUGCAGGCCACUCGGGCUUUGAUGGUGGCUGCCAUCGUCCUGGGCCUUAUUGGGAUAUUUGUUGCUGUGAUUGGUAUGAAAUGCAUGAAGUGCAUGGAAGACGACCAGGUGAAGAAGAUGCGGAUGGCUGUCUUCGGUGGGGUGAUCAUCCUCAUUGCAGGCUUGGCAGCACUGGUGGCCACAUCGUGGUAUGGCAACAAAGUGGCUCGGGACUUCUAUGACCCUUUCACCCCUGUCAACACCAGAUUUGAGUUUGGAUCAGCUCUCUUUAUUGGCUGGGCAGCUGCUUCUCUCACCAUACUGGGGGGAGCCUUCCUCUGCUGCUCCUGUCCACGGAGAGAAACUUCAUAUCCACCCAGCCGAGGCUAUCCAAAAAAUGCCCCCUCCACAGGGAAGGAUUAUGUAUAAUGAAACAAAGAAGAGGAGCCCCCAGCACUGGUAGUGAAAACACUUUGGAGAGGACACUACAAUGCCACUGUCCUGAGCAGAGUUCAGACUCUAGGUUCUGCCUUCCUCUUCUUCCAAAAAUGUGUAUAUUUUUGUAAUCCUCUUUGCUACUGGACAUAACUUCCCCUUUCUCUCCCAGCCCAUGGAGGAAGGCUAGCCUAGGUUCAUAGGUGUUGCCACUGGAAAUAUGAAACCUCCAAGCUUGGGUUAAGUUUAGUAUUUGGGAGUAAAAGGGAAAAUGAUACUGUUUUUUUAGAUGGAUGUUGGUGCUUUUUUUAGUUGUUUUUUUUAAAAAAAUAGAUGGUAACAAUUCAGUCCCAUAUCCCACUAAGUUAGAGCCCAGUGUGAGGUGUGCAGAAAUUAAAGGAGCAUAUACUAUAUACAAAGCAAUGAAACCAAUAGACUAAGGGGAAACAUAAUUUUAGGGAAAAAACUUGACAUGUAGGAAUGUUUGAAGAGAUGUAAAAUGCUCUUGUACUGUCUUACUGGCAUCAUCUCUAGCAACUUCCCUUCUGUGCAGAUUGGCAUGAUAAAGGGCCAGACACAAUUAAAUUGCAGUAAUUGAAAUUGAAAGUUGUAUCUGUCCAUGCAUAUGCUGUUGGCUGACAGAAAAGGCAGCAUAAGGUGACUUGGCUUCACAGGAUGUCAUUGCUCUUUUUGUCAAGAUCUUGUAGGUUUAUUGUGUCUGAGCCAAAGGCUGCAAAAUUGAGACUGUAGAAGUUAACAGCUGCCUCCCAAAAAAGCUGCAUGUUUCCCUGGUGCUGGGGAAGAGAUCACAAAAAUUAUCUCUUUCUGUUUUCACUGGGUGUCUGUUUAGGCUGUUGCUGUUCCUUAGACACCAAGUGCUGCUGGUAACUAUUUCUCCAUGUUCCCACUCUAGUACCUAACUGAGCUUGAAGCUUUAUCUCCUUGUGUGUCUUACAGGCCACUUUUUAACAAACUCUUCUAUUUCCUUGAGUCUUUUUCAUUUAGGCUUUGUUAGGGAUCUUAAUUUGCCUUAUGCAGCUAAACGUGUUAAAUUGAAUGUACUGCUGCUCCCUGAUGUUUCUCCAAGGAUACCUCACAUGUGGCCAUUUGAUCCUGUCUUUCUUGUAAACACUUUUAUUGAUGAUAUGAAGGCAAAUUCCAAGGAAACUGACCCAAAGGUUAUGGCAUUUUAUUUUAAUCCAAGUUUACCAAAGAGGAAGUAACUAGCAUUUUAAAGAUAAAGCCAUCUUUACCUAUCAAGUAAUAAAAAAAAAAAGCAGCUUGUCAAAGGUUCCCAACCCUUCCUCUGAAACACCCAGUCAGUCACUUGGUGUUUGACUAACACUGGCUGAGGCUGUCCAGGGUUAAGUUUUGUAAUUCCUAGAUGGAUGGAUGGUACUAGUUCUCCAAAGCUCAACCUUGCUUUUUCUACAGAAGGAAACUGGUUGCUUCUGACCAGGCUUUAUAAUUGUGUGUGUUCAGAUGCAUCAGAUUUCUUGACUUGCUCCUGUAGAUAGGGAGAAUCUCUGGGGCUGAGCGAUGUACAACCAUGGCCUAGGUGGUUUGUAAAAGCCUUGUACCUCUGCUUGACCUGACUCUGCAACAACAUAAAUAAGUUACUAGAAGAAACCAACCAGAGCAUUUGCUUCAGGCUGGAGUUAUGUUGGCCUGUACUUGGAGCUGGGUCAUGUGGCUUCCACUUCUCCAUGGGGAACUGCCCGUGCACAGCAGCUGCCUCAUGAGACCUUGUCUUACGAGAUGGCAGCUCAGGUCACAUUAAAGAGCAGCUGAAGCCUGUGCUUUUGUAUUUGCAUUAACCCUGAGCCAGGGAGCAGAUGCUUGUAUUGGGAACUUGUAUAAAUUGUUUAAAUGAUUUCAAUAAAUGGACUUUUUUAAGGAAAA